UGGGGUUCAGAUAAUUUUUUCUCUGACUGUAAAUAACUCCUCCUACCAGCAGUUGGCAAUAUCUGUAUUUACCAUUCAGAAUGGGGAAAACAAAAAAGAAGAGCUAGAUUGUGGAAGUAUAAACUGUAAACAAAACACCUGUCGUUCAAAACAGCUGCUGUUUACAGCUGCUUCUAUUCAAGAAUAUGUCUGACAUAUGGCAUUGCCAUUCUCUUCCCUUGGUCUUUUGGAAGUGGAACAAGGAGCUUGUAGAGGCGAAAAACCAAAGUGAAAACACACUAGAUGGGUGAAAUCAUUGAUACUACAGCGACAGUCUUAAGGAGCUUCCUGGAACCAUUCUCUUCUCCUGCAUGGAUUCACUAAGCUCAAUAUCAGGAGGAUGAGCCCAGACAGACACUCACUGAUGGCCCAACAGUGGCUAACAGUCAACCAUUGGCUUGGUGUGUCUCUGCCCUAAGCAGCGUAAUCAUUUAAUAUCUUCUACAUAACUAUAAAACUAUACAGUAUAUUCAUUAUUUGCUGACAUUAAUGGCAUAAAGGUAUAAUUAAUUUGUUUGCAAAAGUAAUAGGCUACCUAUUUUUGCCAGAAACAUUUAAGUAAAGUUACUUUGAAUUAAUAAUACUGCUGGAAGCUGUACUGUGAAGGCAGGCAUUGGUUGACAAAAUCAUGUACUUUAAUACCAGGAUUGCUGAUGGACUAACUGCAGAGACCAAGAUUUAAUCGUCUUGUGGCAAGUUGCAUCAGACAUGCUUGUCAACUCUCUCUUGCGACACACCAUCAGGAAGUGAAUGAGAAUUCAUUAAAGCGGCUUAAUGGCUAUCUGGAAAACCUGCAGAAGCCUGGAUCGUGCUCAGUUCACCCAAUGAAGCUCACUUUUUAUGUUAGGGACACAAAGAACAGCAGUGAUAUGCAGCCAAGCCUCCUUAUCCCAGGGUUCCGGUCAGUGAGUUUUACCCUGCACACAAAUGAUGUCUUGAGCACAGUGAUGAAUGUUCUAAAGUCCUGCAGCCUGCCCAUGGAACACAUGGAAGGACUGAAAACAAGUGCAGAGACAUCUAGAAGUCCACCUGUAGCGGGGGUGCCUUUCUACAGAGCUAUCAAAUGGGAUAACAGCUACUACACCUUCACUGGUUUCAGAGACCGUGAGCAGGAGCUGCAUCAGGCCAGGAGAGUUGAGCCUACACUCAGGUUGUGGCUGAGAAACAACGAACCUGAAGUGAAAAAGAAGCACAGUGCUAGUCUUCCCCGAAGAGAAGAGCUGAACAGACUGAAGAAGGAAUUGUGUUACAAAUUUGAUCUGGCUGAUAUCAGGUGGCAGCGCAGUUGGGGAGUGGACCACAGGUGCUCUCAGCUUCGAAGUCUGAGCCGACUAUCUCAGCAGAACCCUGAGGUCUUGAUCAACCUGCAAGGACACACUGUUGUGUUUGCUGACCAGUCAGGAAUGAACGCUUAUGGACAUGUGAUGCUGGGAACAAUGGACGUUCAUCAUCAGUGGACCAAGUUGUUUGAGCAGCUGCCCAGCUAUCAGAGCCUGCUGCAGCAAACAGACUGGCUGAAAGAGAGGAUCAGCCUCCUCCUUGGUGGCACUCAAGUGGUCCACAUGGAGAGGCUGGGAACAGUUCAGCCCAUCACUGAGCACUACAGGACCCUCAACACCUUCCACAAGACCCUGAUGUCCCGACACCUUCGCCUGCACCCCAGGAGUCUGCAGGGUCUCGCCAUGUUGUUGGAGAAGCAUUCCUUGUUGUUGGUGUCAAUCACAGUGACCGCUCUAACCCUAGUCUUCAUGAGAUGGGGCACUUCCUUAUCCCCACCAAAUGUGACCCUCCUAAGCUGCAGGUCUUCCUCCAGCGCCACGCUCUCAAGGCCAGACAGCGUAUCCAAUGCAAAAGCCAGUCCUGGCUUCUGCCUAUACUGGUUUCCCGUCAUUACUCCAGCGAUCUGCACCUCUGACUCUCUCCGUUCAGCCUCUGCCUGUGUGACCUGCUGCCAUUCAUCUUUCAUCUUCCUCGGGCCCAGCCAUCUCCGCUCUACCCCACCUGAGUUCGCUGGCUAUAAUCACCUGUCUCAGCUUAUCUUCGGUUCCUCCAUCUGCCCUGCAUUGCCACCUCCAGCUCCCCAUCUGUGGACCCCUCGAGCUCUGCCUCCUCUGGCGGAUAUUUCCAUAUUGACUGUUAUCUUCAUAACUUGUUUUCUCAGUGCAGUAAAGUUUGUGAUCAGUAUUGCACCUGCCAUCUGGGUCCAGCCUGUUCACUGACUCGCUUCUGUGAGUGCUCACCAUAACACAAAUUCAUAUUUUAUUCUUGAGAAAAGAGAAAUGUAUAAAAAGAAUACAGAAUUGGACCCGAAAAAUAAGAGCACUGUAGAUGUUGCUGUUGGUCAUUCCAGGCUUGUCCAGGUUUAUACUCAAAGGUUUGAUCUGACAUCAAAUAUCUGUAUUCAUUCAUGCUAUUUCAAAAAGUCAAUGUAUGUAUUUUGCUGUUGUAAUCUUAAAUAAAAACAAAAAAGUAAGGAGGACCUGGAUUUAUUUGGAGUGGAGGAUGCCUGUCUGCAGACACAGCGUUAUUGAUCAACACCCAGUGGAAUCCUGCAAAGCAUCAUCUCACCAGAUACCCGACUACGAGAAUGGUGGUGUUGAUUUUGAAUACAAGACUUUACACAAAUGUGUAUAUAAGGGGUUUAGGGAAUGCACAUUGCGUCUAACAUUGAAAAUACAACCAUUAUAAGAUUUGGUUGCUGGUUGUUCUGCUGGUAAGUCGAAACAUUUGAGGAUAAGGACAGAUAAGAGUUUGGUUGUGGUAACUUGUGAGUAGGAGAAAAAUAUUUCAACUAAAUUGUUUUCUGUGGAGUUUAAUUCUUCUGGCAGAAUUGAAAUAAGUUUUACAAAGCAAGCAGUUUGUAUUUAUGAUUUUGUGUGAUUGUAAUUACAUCUCCAAUAAAUAGCUGUCAAUUUCAGACAAAGGGUAUAUAUUUUUGAUCUUUGAACAUAACGGCACUGAAGGGUAACAAGUCAGAAGCUGUGAAUCUGCUGGCAGAGGAUGAAUGACCUUCAGCGUACAGCAACAGGUGAACCAGCAGACAGUCCUCAGAGCUGUACAGAGGUAAAAGUGCCUACAGGGUUGUCAAAGGUAUCGUAUGCUGACAUUGGAAGAUGAGUAUGUCACAAUGAAGAAGCAGGCCCUUCUCAUGGCUACCAGGUAAACCACACAAAUCCAAGUGAUCUGUGUCAGGUUUCCUAUGCAGACACCUACACCAUUUACGUACGGAAGAAAUCAGAAUAAUAAUAAAUAAGAGGAAAACAGUGUGGAUGUUACAGCAUCCACACAAUAAAGAACAGAAGAGCAUAGUGUGGAUGCUGUAACAACACAGCUGAGGCUUGGCAUAGAAAAGAGUCAGUGCUUGUUUCUUGUACAUACAGAG